CACAGUGAUUCGACUAGAGAACAUUAUAGACUCACAAAAAUUGAAACUAUUUUUUUAUCAAAUUUGUUAUUGACCCUCGAGUUGGUUUGUUUAUAAUGUCUUUUGGAGUCAUACCGCUAAUUUGGUUUGCGACAAUGGUUGCCGUGCGACCAACUGAUGCAUCCUUUGAUUAUCUUAGUUGGAACAACAUGAAAAUCGAAGAAAACCGAGCAUUGCUCGGUAAUAUCUUCCAAACUUUAAUUGAAAUACGAUCACGCAUCGAAUGUCAGAGUUUCUGUGCUCAAACCAACGAAUGCAAGUCCUACAACUACGCCAAUAGCCUGAAGGUUUGCCAACUCAACAAUGUCACCAAGGAGGACACAAAUGCUGCUAACUUUCAGGAAACUGGCGACUACAUAUAUGCAACUUUGAAGCAUGAUAAUGUGUGCACGAGUAAAGACUGCUGUUUAGAUCCCACAACAAACAAAUCUAAGGACAAGUAUUGUUACAUUGAAAUUGAACUGGAAAAGGAGGACGCAUCAAGCUCUUCAGUGUCAGUAAGAGUUAUUGUGACAGCAGGACGUGCCAACCAGAUUAACACCACGUGUUCAGAAGGUGAUCCAUCUCCAACUCCUGAUGUUGUGGAUUUCUCUGAAAAUGUGGUGGUUUCUUGUGAUGGAGUCCGAUCAAGCAGGAAUGUGACAGUCAGUGUGUCCGUGGCGUAUCUUGACACGAUCUCGGUCACCAACUCAGUGACUAUUAAAUCAAAAACAAGUCCGCCAACAUUAGAAGAACAGUUUACAAACAAGACUGCUGCAGUCGCCCACUGGUUUCUUUCUCCAGACGAAUUUGCAGAUGAUUUCAUUGUGAAUUGCUCAAAAGGAUUAUGGACUGUACUAGAAAAGAAUAACUUUCAAGGAAGAGUCAUGUGUCAUGAUCUUGAGCCAGGCUCAACCGUCAACAUUUCUGUCACUCCUGUAUAUGAUUCUGAGCCCGGAGAGCAUGCUAGCCUCAACAUACACUUAGAGCCUGACGUUGUCGAGUUCACAAGUCAGACAUCUUCAUUGGUUUCGAUAUCUGUCGAAUGGGAAAUUAGAUCUGGGAUUGCUUCAGAAUUCGUCGUUAAUUGUUCAAGUGGAGUUCCAGUUUCAUCUGUCGUAGACGCAGCCGAUGGCUCUGGUAUCAUGGACUGCUCUGGUUUAACACCAGGGGUACAGGUAGAAGUAACGGUGGUUGCUGUCGUGAACUCCAAGCAGAGUUUACCAGCAUCAGAGAUUGUUUCAACAGAUGGCACUGUUAAUAUAACACUGAUCGAAGAUGUUGCAACCAAUACAACAACCAUAGUCUCCAAGAUGACGUCAAAUGCGCCACCAACUAGUGUGUAUAAAGUGCUUUGUUCAGCAGGAGAUCCGUUUCCUACAGAGUUUAAGGAUGCUGAAACGACGACCGUAUAUUGUAUUGGUGUAGAUGCUGGACAAAGUGCUAAUUUGAGUGUUGAAGCAUUUUAUGGUAACUGGUCUGUAGGAUCUGUGUGGAUAUCUAUUUCAACCGUACCGGAAAAGGUUGUCUUUGAGCCUAUAAGCGAUUACACUAUAUAUAAAGAGAUGCUUGGUGAAACACCAUUCGCUGCGACUACUUGGAAUUUGACAUCAGGAAUUGCCGAUUCUUUCCUAAUCACAUGUUCGGAUGGUCAACCGCUUGAAGAUGACAUCUUACAAAAUGUAUUACGCAUUGGAAUCUGUAGUUUACCCUCAAAUACUACAUUAAAAUCAAUCAACAUCACCGUCGAAGCUAAACGUGGGGAUAAAAUUGGAAGGCCAGCAGCCAUUACUGUAUCAGUUAUCAAAAAUGAUGUCACGACUUCCACAGGUAAAAUUAGUGAGGCUUCGGACUGGACAACAGAAGCUUCGAACGGGUCAACAGCAUCAGAGGUCGUUCCAACAGGUGAUCCUGUUAAUAUAACACUGAUCGAAGAUGUUGCAACGAAUACAACAACCAUAGUCGCCAAGAUGACGUCAAAUGCGCCACCAACUAGUGUGUAUACAGUGCUUUGUUCAGCAGGAGAUCCGUUUCCUACAGAGUUUGAGGCUGCUGAAACGACGACCGUAUAUUGUAUUGGUAUAGAAGCUGGACAAAGUGCUAAUUUGAGUGUUGAAGCGUUUUAUGGUAACUGGUCUGUAGGAUCUACGUGGAUAUCUAUUUCAACCGUACCGGAAAAGGUUGUCUUUGAGCCUAUAAGCGAUUACACUAUAUAUAAAGAGAUGCUUGGUGAAACACCAUUCGCUGCGACUACUUGGAAUUUGACAUCAGGAAUUGCCGAUUCUUUCCUAAUCACAUGUUCGGAUGGUCAACCGCUUGAAGAUAACAUUUUACAAAAUGUAUUACGCAUUGGAAUCUGUAGUUUACCCUCAAAUACUACAUUAAAAUCAAUCAACAUCACCGUCGAAGCUAAACGUGGGGAUAAAAUUGGAAGGCCAGCAGCCAUUACUGUAUCAGUUAUCAAAAAUGAUGUCACGACUUCCACUGGUGAAAUUAGUGAGGCUUCGGACUGGACAACAGAAGCUUCGAACGGGUCAACAACAUCAGAGGUCGUUCCAACAGAUGAUCCUGUUAAUAUAACACUGAUCGAAGAUGUUGCAACGAAUACAACAACCAUAGUCGCCAAGAUGACGUCAAAUGCGCCACCAACUAGUGUGUAUACAGUGCUUUGUUCAGCAGGAGAUCCGUUCCCUAAAGAGUUUGAGGGCACUGAAACGACGACCGUAUAUUGUAUUGGUGUAGAAGCUGGACAAAGUGCUAAUUUGAGUGUUGAAGCAUUUUAUGGUAACUGGUCUGUAGGAUCUACGUUUAUAUCUAUUUCAACCGUACCGGAAGAAGUUUUAUUUGAGCCUAUAAGCGAUUACACUAUAUAUAAAGAAAUGCUUGGUGAAACACCUUUCGCUGCGACUACUUGGAAUUUGAAUUCAGGAAUUGCUGAUUCUUUCCUAAUCACGUGUUCGGAUGGUCAACCUCUUGAAGAUGAUAUCUUACAAAAUAUAUUACGCAUUGGAAUCUGUAGUUUACCCUCAAACACUACAUUACAAUCAAUCAACAUCACCGUGGAAGCUAUACGUGGGGAUAAAAUUGGAAGGCCAGCAACCGUUACUGUAUCAGUUAUCAAAAAUGAUGUAACGACUUCCACAGGUGAAAUUAGUGAUGACGAAUAUUCAAUGUCAUUUGGAUAGAAUAACAAAAAAGAAGAGAUGGUAAUAAAAUCAAUUAAAUCAA